AUGCUCGCCCGAUGCGAUCUUGCAGAACUUUUAAAGGAAGGAAAACCGAAUGACGAGCUUAUUCACAAAUGUUUUGGGCAAAUCAUCGAAGCAGUGGCUGUUCUUCAUCGCCUGGAUAUUAUUCACUCCGAUCUUAGAUUGGCGCAGAUUCUUGUUGAUGGUGAGGAUAAUAUUCGCUUGAGCGAUUUCAACGCCUCGCAGUAUCCCAAUAACGUUGCCCUGGGCUAUGAGAAGGCCACAAAUUGCCUGCCAAGGGAUUAUGCGGCACUGAAUACAGUAUCCUCCGAUCUCUUUGUAUUAGGCUCAACGCUAUAUGAGCUCACCACUGGUCAUCCUCCAUAUGAAGAGCUAUACGCUGACCUAUGGAGAGGUCCAACUGAUGACGAUGAUCAGCUUCGUGCGGAAAUCCGAAGAAAGCACAUUGCAGAUUACAGAGCGGAGCAACAAUACAAGCAGGGUGACUUCCCCGAUGUAUCGCAGGUGUUUGGUGGAGGUAUUAUACUUGGGUUAUGGAAUGGUACAAUCAUAUCGGCGAAUGAUGCCCUGACUCUCUACUACGCAGACUUGAGCUGA